AUGGCAACCUCAAGCAAGCCGUACUCGGGCGCAAAGAGAGCGGCGGGCGAGAGCGAGGCCGAACCAGCGCAGGCGCCCCCGCCGCAACACCGCCGUGAAAACUGGCAGCUCCAGAAAGACGCCCUCAAGAAGAAGUUCCCCGAGGGCUGGCGUCCGAUGAAGCGCCUGUCGCCUGACGCCGUGGCGGGCAUCCGCGCGCUGCACGCGCAGUUCCCCGAGGAGUACACGACGGCCAAGCUUGUGGAAAAGUUUGAGGUCUCGCCCGAGGCGGUGCGGCGCAUCCUCAAGAGCAAGUGGCAGCCGUCGCCGCAAGAGGAGGAGGAGCGGCAGACGCGGUGGUUUCGGCGUGGCAAGGACGUCUGGGCGCGCUACGCGGAGCUCGGCAUGAAGCCGCCGCAGAAGUGGCGGGCCGAGGGCGUGACGCGUGACCCGACGUACCACGAGAAGAGGCAAGCCGCCAUUGCGCGACGCAAGGAGGAGGAGGCCAAGGAGGCUGCGGGCGCAAGGCUGCAGCGGAAGAUGGGCGGGGGGUUCCUGUGA